GUGACCACGCGAAACGUGGCACAAGAUCAGGUAGACCGAGAGUAGAUAACCAGCUCAUUUCCCAUUUAUCAGUACCCUGUGUGUUCAAACUUCUCUGUCUCUGUCUCUAUCCCACAUCAUUUCCUGUUCGAUUCUAGGGGGAUUAGAAGGGGAAACUCUGACAAAUUAUUCUCUUCUGUCUCCUCGGCGAACAGGAAAAAACAAAAAUGGAACAAAAUGAGACGGGAUGCCAAACUCCUCAAGCUCCCAUCCUCUGUGUCAACAACUGUGGGUUCUUUGGAACAGCAGCAACCAUGAACAUGUGUUCUAAGUGUUACAAAGACCUCGUUAUGAAGCAAGAACAGGCUAAACUUGCUGCUUCAUCCAUUCAAAGUAUUGUGAACGGGAGCUCCAGUAUCGAAGGAACAAAUGUUGCUGUUGUCAAGGAAGCACAGGCCGCCUCAUCAGAGGUCACGGUGGCUACAAUACAAAUAUCUUCUGCAUCGCCGGCAAGCGAGACAAGUGAGGAAGUUAAAGAUGGCCCAAAAAGGUGCGGCGCUUGCAGGAAGCGUGUUGGUUUGACAGGGUUUAUUUGUCGGUGUGGCAGUAUUUACUGUGCCGUUCAUCGUUACUCUGACAAACACAACUGCCCCUUUGAUUACCGUACUGUGGGGCAGGAAGCUAUAGCCAAAGCCAACCCAAUUGUCAAGGCAGAAAAGCUUGACAAGAUAUAGAAAACAAGGUUCGGGUUGUUGACGCACACUGUUUUUCUCAUCCGUCAGAUGUGGAAGAAUGUACUGCUGCUUAAGGUUGCCCUUUGGCUGUGGGUCGACGAACGCAAUGCAGGGGCAUCUUUCCAACCAAGCAAACUGUAAUAUUCUUGUUUAAAACAAGAAUAUAAUCUUUAUGAUCCUCCAUCUAGUGCUUGUUUGAGUUGUGGUUUGAUGGUUAUUAAUGAUUGCUGAUGUGUCUUUGGACUUUCUUCUAGUGUUGCUUUAGAUCUAGUAAUAAUAUAUGUAGCUUGUUUAUGUGAAAUCUUAGCUAUGAGACGGCUCAAUUGCAGCAUCACAUAUGUUGCUCCGUUACGUCUGUAGCAAUAAUGAUUCUGAGUUACUGCA